AUCCAGUGCCCCACAUCCUAGUAAAGUCUCGCCCCUUUUCUUCACAAGCCAUGGCUGCCUCGCUCUCCCGUCCCCGCGCGAGUCCCGCACUCUUGCACCUGGGGAUCGCCGCCUGCCUACUCCUCCCGUCGCUCGUCCACGCCGCCGAGACGUGCGGCUGGAAUUCCGACUCCGCGGAAUCCAAGGAAUGGCAGGGCGAGUUCUUUUCCGCAAUCCCCAAAGUAGUCUACGAAGGCCCGGCUUCCCGUAACAUCUUCGCCUUUCGUUACUACAACGCGGACGAAGUCAUUCUCGGACGUCCGAUGAAGGAAUGGCUGCGAUUCGCCGUGGCGUUCUGGCACACGUUUCGUGGCGACGGGUCCGACCCGUUCGGGUCGCCCACGAAGCACUGGCCGUGGGAGGAUGGCACCAAUUCCCUCGCCAUGGCCAAGCGCCGCAUGCGCGCGGCGUUCGAGUUCAUGUCGAAGCUCGGCGCGCAGUUCUGGUGCUUCCACGACCGCGACAUCGCGCCGGAGGGCGCAACUCUGGCGGAAACUAACGCGAAUCUCGACGCGGUCGUCGCGCUGGCGGCGGAGCUGCAGGCGCAGACGGGCAUCCGCCCGCUGUGGGGCACGGCGCAGCUGUUCAAGCACCCGCGCUACCGCCACGGCGCGGCGACCAGCCCCGUCGCGAGCGUGUUCGCGUACGCCGCGGCGCAGGUGAAAAAGGCGAUGGAGGUGACGCACCGCCUGGGCGGCGAGAACUACGUGUUCUGGGGCGGACGCGAGGGGUACUCGAGCCUUGUUAACACGGACAUGGGGCUGGAGCUGGAGCACCUGGCAAGGUUUCUUAGCAUGGCCGCGGAAUGGCGCGAGAAGCUAGGGUUCAAGGGCGCACUGCUGAUGGAGCCGAAGCCGCAGGAGCCGACAAAGCACCAGUACGACUGGGACGCCGCCACCACGCUAGGGUUUCUCGUGCGCUACAACCUCACGCGGCCCGACGCCGCCACAGGCGCGCUACAACCGUUCAAGCUGAACCUGGAGUGCAACCACGCGACGCUGGCGGGCCACAGCUGCGAGCACGAGCUGGAGACGGCGCGGAUCGCGGGUGCGCUGGGCGGCGUGGACGCGAACACGGGCGACGCGCAGACGGGGUGGGACACGGACGAGUUCCUAACGGACCCGGCUGCCGCCACGCGCGUGAUGCUGAGCGUCGUGCGCAACGGCGGGCUGGCGCCGGGGGGGAUUAACUUCGACGCGAAGCUGCGGCGGGAGAGCACGGACGUGGACGACCUGUUCAUCGCGCACAUUGCGGGCAUGGACGCCCUCGCGCGCGGGCUGCGCAAUGUGGCUGCUAUUAUCGACGAUGGGGACCUGGACAAGCUGGUGCAGGGGCGGUACGCCAGCUGGAAGGAGGGGAUUGGUGCGCGGAUUGAGAAGGGCGAGGUGGGGUUCGAGGAGCUGGAGACCGCGGUGAUGGCAGAUGGGGGCAAGGAGCCGGAGGUGGGGUCAGGCAAGCAGGAGCUGGCGGAGGCACUGUUCCACCGGUUUGUGUGAGGGACAGGGACGGCCAUGGGAACACAUUACAUGCAAGGUCUGUAAGGCUUUCAGGUGGAAGGAAGCCUAGUGCUGAAGUUGUUCUGGUCUGGUGCAAGUGCCAGCAGUAGGGUGGGGAAAAUGGACAUUUGACCAGCACUGAAGGCGUGUGAGUGUGAGUGGUGCAAUGUUGUGUGGGUUUCGUUCGAAUGGAUGUGGUCUAUGGCGUCUGCUCCAACUCAUGAAGUUUUUGUUCAACGUUUCUGCUUCUGAGAUUAUCCACGGGGCAUGCAUGUUCGUGCGCAGGCAGGGCCCCAAAUUGGUUUAUGGGGAGGCUGAUGUCAACAUAUAUUUUAUAGAUAUACCGUAUUCCCC